UGAUAAAGAAAAUACUGAGAAAAAGAUAAAUCAAGCUGCCAAUCGUCACUUCACACAUGGAGAGAUGCAAGACCAGUCCAUUUGGGGAAAUGGUUCAGAUGAUGAACUCAUCAGAACCCAACCUCAGCGCUUGCCUCAGCUUCAAACUGCAGCACCGGAAUCGAGUGAGGAGGAAAUAGCCAAGAUAAAGAACGGCCACACGAGUCUGAGCAAUGGGAAUGGAAUUCACCAUGGGGUCAAACAAGUAUCUGCAGACAAUCGAAAACUUUCCUCACCUGUUUCUCAAAAAAUGCAUAGAAAAAUUCAGUCCAGCUUGUCGGUGAACAGCGAUAUCAGUAAGAAGAGUAAAGUUAAUGCUGUCUUUUCCCAAAAGACGGGCUCUUCACCUGAAGAUUGCUGUGUCCACUGCAUCCUGGCGUGCUUGUUCUGUGAAUUCCUGACCCUCUGCAACAUUGUACUGGGCCAGGCUUCGUGCGGCAUCUGCUCUUCGGAGGCCUGUUGCUGUUGCUGCGGGGAUGAGAUGGGGGAUGACUGUAACUGUCCUUGUGACAUGGACUGUGGCAUCAUGGAUGCCUGCUGUGAGUCAUCAGACUGUUUGGAAAUCUGUAUGGAAUGCUGUGGAAUUUGUUUCCCUUCAUAAAUAUUUAUCAUUUGUUUUGUGUUAAAA